AUGACUGAAGGAGGUUCUUUUUUGGGUGGCAGCAAUCCACUGUCUGAUAGUCUGGCGUUGUUCUUGUUGCAGGUGGUUAUCAUCAUCUGCAUGUCAAGGCUUGUCGCUAUUCCCUUGCAGUAUCUACGUCAACCCAUUGUUAUUGCUGAAGUCAUUGGCGGUAUCAUCCUUGGACCCUCUGUGUUGUGCAGGUUUCAAUCAUUCAAAGAUAAUGUGUUUCCUAAAUCUUCAUUGCCAAUUCUCAACAUUGUUGCCAACUUUGGUCUGGUCUUGUUUCUGUUUCUGGUUGGGUUGGAAUUGGAUCCAACAAAAUUGAUAUCUCAGUUCAAAAAAUCGGCUGCUAUCUCUCUCGCCGGUAUUGCCCUCCCUUUUGCUGCCGGUGUUGGUGUUUCCAAGAUACUCUAUGAUCGUUAUGCUGACCCAUCCGUCAAGUUCAGUUCCUUUUUUGUCUUUUGUGGUGUUGCCAUGUCCAUCACUGCAUUUCCUGUUCUUGCGCGAAUUCUCACUGAGCGAAAGCUACUCAGAACAGAUGUGGGUCAGGCAACAUUGGCGGCUGCCGCAAGUGAUGACGCCAUGGCUUGGUGCUUGCUUGCACUCGUUGUUGCGCUGAUUCACAAUCCAAGCAACUCUAUUAUUGCUCUGUAUGUGUUCUUGACUGUUGUUGCAUGGGCCAUCUUUUUAUGGAUUGCCAUUCGCCCCAUUCUGCUUUAUCUUGUGCGUCGCAGUGAAACUAAAGAAAGCGUUUCCCAGUCGGCAGUGUUGGCUACAUUUGUGCUUGUCUGCAUCUCUGCCUGGUUUACUCAGGCUGUCGGCGUCCAUGCUAUUUUCGGUGCAUUCCUCGUGGGAAUUAUUACUCCUCAUGAGCAUGGCUUUGCUAUCAAAAUCACUGAAAAGGUUGAGGAUUUGAUUUCAAUCCUGUUUCUUCCUCUCUACUUUGCCUACUCAGGUCUCAACUUUUCAAUUGAUUCUCUCAAUGAUGGAGCCAGUUGGGGAAUGGUGUUCUUUGUCAUUUUCGUUGCAUGCGGUGGAAAAAUCAUUGGUUGUACCACUGCAGCAAAGUUUGCUGGCAUGUCAUGGCGUGAAAGUAUUACUGUUGGAUUUCUGAUGAACACCAAGGGUCUUGUGGAAUUGAUUGUUCUCAACUUGGGAUUGCAGGCUGGAGUAAUCAAUACUCAAAUCUUUACAAUAUUUGUCAUUAUGGCGCUGGUCACAACGUUUAUGACUGUCCCCAUCGUGAGUGUGAUUUAUCCC